GUCUCCUCCUAUAUUUACAUACACUCCGAUAACGGCAGCAUCUACAGCAUGCACUCGUUUGACUAUGAGAAACUGAAAGUGUUUCAGAUCCAGGUGCAGGCAAAGGAUCACGGCUCUCCGUCUCUGAGCAGCAACGCCAUGUUUUUAUCAUGGACCAGAAUGACAAUGCCCCCGCUGUUAUUUACCCCUCCGCUGUCAUGGCCUCUGUCUCCCAUCAGAAGAUGCCCCGGUCCGCUAAAGCAGGCCACUUCGCCACUAAGAUAUCCGCAGUGGACGCAAUCUCAGGCCACAACGCAUCGAUUUCCUAUAGGCUGGCAGAGGCCACAGACUCGUCUCUGUUCAGUGUGGAUCUUUACACAGGUGAGGUGAGGACAAAACGCGCUGUUUCAGAGCAGGAUGACUCCUCUCAGAGGCUGCUUAUAGAGAUGAAGGACAACGGGGAGCCGGUCCAGUCCACCACAGUCACAGUCAAUAUACUGUUAGAGGACUGGCAACACGAGCCCAUAUCGGAAUAA